GAAAGUUCCAGUGCACAAGUCAGCAUCCGCUCAUCAACCAGUUUUUACCAGCCAAGAUGAAAUCCUUCUGCGUCGUUGCCCUCGCCGUGACUUGGUGCGUGCUGGGAAGCAUGGCUGCUCCAUCGUACGAACACGCUGCCCCCGCUCACCACUCCAUGCACACGUACCAUGCCAAGGCUCCGGCUGUCAAGUGCGGCGCUAACCUGCUGGUCGGAUGUGCUCCCCACGUAGCCCACGUGCCCUGCGUACCACAUCAGCAGCACGGAGGAUAUCACGCUCCAGCCCCAUCCCAUCAUGGUGGACACGGUGGAUACCGAGCAGCCGAAUCGUCCGCUGGUGCCGAAAGCGAAUAAACGGAAAGCGACUGUCCCUGCCUCUAGCCUCUAGUCCAGCUGAGUUCACUUUUGGAUAACUGACGAAAAUCGGCAAGUUCAGGUCGUUGAAACUGUCGGAGGAGGCGGCACUCGAUGCUGCUGAGUGAGUGUGUGGAAAACCGAGUGAACGAUUGUUGUGUUUAUGCUGUUUGAAUUGCUUGGUAAAGACUGGAGUGAUAAUAAAGGCAAUUUAAUGAAAGGUUAAA